CAGUGAGGCGAUCUCGCGGGAUCCUUGAGAGAAAUCUCGCGGAGUUUUCUGCUGUUUUGUGGAUGUGUGUGCGUGUGUGUGGCAAACACAAGAGUUUUCAAGACAAGUCUGGAAGAAGGGGACCGGAUCUAACUUCUAUUAGACAUUUAGUUUUAACGAAAAGACCAAAUAGAACAGAUGAUCGAACAUAUUAUUUUAGAAUAGGUUAAAAACCAAACAAUUGAACGUGGAAGUGCUUUCUUUUGCCAAGAGGGAGUAGAUAUCGCAGCGUCCAGAUACACAUACGAUAAAACCCAACAAGAAACACUGGGAUAAAAACUGAAAGGAGAAGAGGAGUCCUCUGUUCGGGGACAGCAUGGUUGAAGUUGUAGUGGAAUUUGAAUACAAGGCCCACCAUGAAGAUGAACUGACAAUCCAUGUGGGAGAUAUAAUAAAAAAUGUUAAACGCUUGGAGGAAGAAGGGUGGAUGGAAGGUGAUUUAAAUGGCAAAAGGGGCAUGUUUCCAGACAACUUUGUUAAGGAAAUUAAAAAAAAUACAGAGCCAAAAGAAGAACCUCAACCAACUAAUAGAGAAGGAGCAAGAAAUGUGGCUAGCCUUGUGCAACGAAUGAGCACUAUUGGAUUACCAAGUGGAGGAUUUAUGCCACAAUCAAACCCCAAAAAUGUCAAAAGAAGAUCAAAAAAACGGCAAUACAGAGUUACCUUUGAUUACAGCCCACAGCAUGACGAUGAACUUGAGCUGAAAAUUGGUGAUGUGGUAGACUUCACUGAAGAGGUAGAAGAAGGUUGGUGGAAUGGAACUAUAAAUGGAAAGUUUGGUUUAUUUCCUUCUAAUUUUGUGAGGGAAAUUGAAGGUGCAGAAGAUGAGGAGGAGCGUGAAGCAACAGAGGAAUCAGAAUCUAGUACUAAAGAAGUUCCUUGUUCGAGUCUUGCUAGUCCUACCUCUCCAUUGUCAUCACCUGUGCCUGGCAAUGAAGCAGUAGCUCAACCAAAGAAAAUCAGAGGAGUAGGUUUUGGAGAUAUAUUUAAAGAAGGAUCUGUUAAAUUAAAAUCAAGAUUGCCUAGUACUGACUGUGAGGAAAAGAAACUUGAUAAGCCUUUGCCACCAAGUAUGAAGCCUGCUAAUGUGAACAUGACAGAUGUAAUUAAACCAGAAGAAGGCACACUCAAAGUUAAGGAAUAUUGUAAAGCCUGCUUUGCUUAUGAAGGGACAAAUGAAGAUGAACUUAGUCUAAAAGAAGGUGACAUCGUUCGCAUACUGAGUAAGGUAACAGGGGAACCUGGGUGGUGGAAGGGAGAAAUUAAUGGAAAAGAAGGUGUCUUUCCUGACAAUUUUGUGACUGUGGCAACGGAAGCUGAAAAAGAUGCUGCAAAUUCAAAGGCAUCCGUUAAAUUAUCUCCUAAACCUGAGAUUGAAGAUAAACCCAAAAAGCCACCACCUCCUAAAAGUCCAGCUAUAAAACCUGAAAUUCCAAAUGCUGAAAAGAAGCCUCUUCCUUUGAAACCAGAAGAAAAAGCAUCUCGCUGGUCAUUAGAGUUAGAGGGUAGUGCAGCCGAUUCUGCUGUUCAGGAUCAAGUAUCAAGCAAGCCACAGUAUGAUAAGCCACUCCAGGACAUAAAACCAAAUAAGCCUGUUGCUCCACUGAUUCCUCCAAAAAAGCCUGUCCCCCCACCAGGAAAAUUUCCACUGAUAAGACCAGGAAUGAUACCUCCAAAAAGACCUGAAAAACCACAACCCCAGCCUUCAGGUCCAGUUAGCCGGCCCAACGGUGAUGUGCCUUUUAAUCGUCCAAAGUCAGAAUGUGAGCCAGCCUCAGUGAGAACAAAAGACUGUGACUUCACUCCAACUAGUAGACCAAAGUCUGUGGAAAUUACAGAGAAGUCCGGAGAAACUAAUCUAAUGAGCUUUGAUGAUAUCACAUCUACCUCAGAAAAGCUGACUCACCCCACCACAAACAGACCAAAGAUGCCUAACAGGAGGUUACCUGCACAGUUUGCAGGUGUCCAAUUGCAUAAUAAAGAACUACCAGUAGAAAAGACUGUCAAGAUACAAGAAAAAGAAGCAAUCCCCAAGCCAAAACUAGCUGAUAUUAAAAAGAAUAAAGAUGUGUCAAUAGAAAAGGAUGUUAAAGUGGAAGAAGAAGAAAUACUUACAAAGCCAAAAUUAAUCGAUAUUAAAAAGCCAUCAAUAAUAAUGUCUCCAGCCCCUGUGUUCAAACCAAAUACACAUCCUGCUGCACCUCCUGACAUGAAGCCCAAAGUUCAAGAUGACAUGAAUAAAUCUGAAAUAGAAGACCUCAGGGCACAAAUUAAUGAGUUAAUACAGGGUGUUGAACUAAUGAAAAUACAGCAACAGAAUGAAAUAGCCAAUCUGAAAAGUGAUUUGAAUGAAGAAAAAGAAAAACGUGUUGCAUUACAGAUGGAGAUAGAACAAUUGAAGAAGGCUGUCUUAUCCACAUGAGGUAUCAUUCAUUCUUUUGUGAGAAAGGAUGAGUUGCGAUCGUCACUCCAAUGCGAAGUGCAAGGGACAACUGGGAAACUUUGAAAGCCUAAAGCUUUUUUCCUUUAUCAGUAGUGACUGAUUUUUUUCACAUUUGUAAGAAAUUUGCCAUGUAUUGCACAAAAUUGAGACUUUCAAUUAUAAAAGUAUGUAACAGAAUACAGAUGUAAAUGUUUCUUUUUUUUGCCAACAUCAACUGAGGCCUUAAACUACUAUGCUGGACAUGCAGACCAUUUAUUCAAUAAAGAAUAAAUGAUGUUUGCUUUCAAUACUACUGAGUAUGUAUAAAGGGAAAGGGGACUGUUAGAUUUUAUACAGAUAAAUAUAUAUAUAUAUAUAUUAUUGGUUAAUAGUCAGUUUUAAAAAUGAGUAUGUACUAUAAUUUGCAAAAUAUCUGUUAACUUCUAUAAAUAUUAAGUUAGUUUUUUCUGUAGUCAGUACAACAAAUUGAUUCCUCUAUAAGAAGAGAAUUUAAUUAUGUCUAUUUUCUUUAUAAACAUUCCUAUCCAGGGUAACACUAUUGUGCCUGUAUAAAUCCUGUAAUGCAAGUAUUAAUGUAAAUCGGGCAAAUGUCAGGGGUAAAGUUACAUAUAUGCAGAAAUAUGUCAUAUGUUUAUCAUUAAAUUGUUAAAUAUGUAUCAUUUUCUAUAAAUAAAGCUAAUUUGGUUGGUAGAAUCAAACAGACUGAAUAAAUAUGUAUAGUUAUACAUUUCAUUGUAUGUACAACAGGGACAAAAUUCAUACGUGUGAUUGGAAAAGUUAUGGAAAAUCUCAAACUACUGUAAAUGAUUAGCUGUAAUAAGGGAAAUUGAGGGAAAAGCACUUUUAAUUUUAUGAUGAGCUGAGUCAGCGUUUAGUCAGUGGUCCCAGUUUGUGACUCAAGGGAAAUAAAUGUGCCUGUUAGGAAUCAUCUUUUGAAAUAUUCAAGAAAAUCUAUUAAUCAGUGUUUUAAAGUGUAUGAAAAACAUUGUUUGAACAGCAACAUAAAAUGCUACAAUAAUUUGCUUGAUUAUGCCUCAAAAAUAAUAUUUUUUUUGGUUAUGAUCAACAGAUUAAAGUUCAUACUGUCUGUGCUGAGUUAUAACAUUGGGAUUUCUUGAGAUUAAAGACCAUUAGAGACCAGUUGAUGAAGUUCAUUAUCAUGUAUUUGAGCCUUUAUCUUCAGGAGGAUAAUUUCUUUAAAGCUGUGUACUUUGCAGCUUUACAGAAUGUAUAUUAUGUUUUUAGGGAUUAACAAAUCUAAAUUUUAAGGGGAGAAUUGUUCACUGUGGUAAUAAUCAUGUUUUCCUUAGUGCACUUGGUAUGUUCUUUUUAAGAAUUAUCUUCAAAUACAACACUGUAAAAGUGGUUGUUAAGUUCACAUUUUAAAAAGCAUCUGGGUCUUGACAAUCAUUAGAAGAGGUGAUUAACCUUAAUGUCUUUAGAUACAGAUUGCAUAAUUCCCAUAGCAAUACAGUUUCAGAAGUAGUUCUUUUUAUUAGUUGCUGCUAUGGUUUUUUUAAGCCAUAUUUACUGUAUUACCCAAUUUGCAAAAAAAAUGUGUUUCUUGUUUUAAAUCAUGGGUGGUGUUUAAAAGGGAUUUGGGGCUUUAAACAUUCCAUAUAUAUUUUUUAUCAUCUGUCUUAAUGACAAUUCACAGUUAAAGUAACUCUCAAUGAUUAUGUUUACAGGUGCUGUUAAAUUGCAUGAAAAAAUAAUUCUAAUAAAUAUCUGAUUUAUGUAAGCA